AUGCAAACAGCAACAAAUCCACCCCCCAACCCGCGCCUCUGGGCCGGCGGGAUAGACCAAUACCUCGCAGACAACAACAUCACCUGCACCUCGGCAACCCCCAUAGAAGCCGGCACAUCCUGCUACAUCUGGCGCCUCGACGGCCUCGCGCACCCCGACCACCCGCCCGCCGAACCAGCCGUGCUGAAAUGCGCCGACGCCACCCCAAAAUUCAGCGACGACGCCGUCUCCCCCGCCCGGCUCUCCACCGAGGUCCGCGCGCUGACCUCCCGCGCCGUGGCGGAGGCCUCGCGCGCGGAGCCGAGGGUGCGCGUGCCGAGGGUGCUGCGCACCACGGAGAACGGCUUCGUCAUGUCCUGGGCAGGCGAUGUGAACCUGCUGGACGCGUUCCGGCGCCAUCCCGCGCUCGACAUGGCGGAUAUCGGCGCGCACAUCGGCAAGUGGCUCGGCUGUCUGCAAGUCGCCGGCGUGGCCUCGGGGCCGUGCGGGUUUGCGCCCAUUAACCCGGAGCUGGGGCGGUUUUAUAACCCCGGCGGAUUCAUGGAGAAGCUGGUGCAAUCCGUGGUGAUGGAUAGUGAAGAGAGCGACAAGAUUCUAGCUGCGCUGCGCGGGACGGAGACGGUGCGCACGCUGACGGCGUGGGAUUUCCGGCCGAUGAAUACCCUUCUCCGCUUUACGGAUGGCUCCAGCAACAACAACAUCAUUAACGACAAUGGCACGCCGGACAUUUACAUUGUGGACUGGGAACUCGCGCAGUUUGGCGAAGCAGCGGGGGAUGUGGGCAUGUGGUGCGUCGAAGCCAUGGUGUUGGAGGACAAGUAUGGCGACAGAGGCUUGCUGCGUUCGUUUCUGAGAGCGUAUGCGCAACACGCCGUGGGAAUCGUGGACGAGGCGUUUGUGUGCAAGCUCGCCAUGGUCGUCGGCGUCAUGUUGGCGUACUUCAUGCGCAUUGCGCCGCGGCUCUGGGGGAGUACGGAGGAGGAGGUGGGCCGUUGGAGGAGGGCCGCUGUGGGGUUCCUGAGGGCGGGAGCGGAGGGGGAUUUGGGGUCGUUGGGGAAGAGUUUGAUUGGGGUUGUUCUAGCGUAA